CGUCGGAGGCCGCCACGCCAAACGGGCGUCUAACAAAGUCUCUGAGUCCUCGAACCUCUUCCCACAACGUCAAGCCCAUCCUACGCAACUGAAGAGCUACGUGUGGAGCUGUGCUUGAAAAAGCACUUCAGGGAGCCGUUUCCAGUGUGCACAUCUGUUUCGUAUAUCCAAAGACCCGUCGUCACCACCACAAAACAACAUGUCGGACCUCAAUGAUUUCUUCGCGAAGAAGGACCGCAAAAAGAAAAAAGCGGGCGCACGCUCAUCUGCUGGAGUGGUGCAGCGCAAAGAGCAAGAGCCUGAGACUGAACCCAGUAUAGCAGAGCCUUCCCCCAAACAGCAGGAUGAUGGCUGGAUUGAGAUCGAGGAUCCGAAGGGUGCCAAAGUCAACACUGGCGGACGGACAGUCGUCGAGUUCAAGAGGGGCGUCGAGGAAAACGACAAUCAGAUUGACGGAAAUGAGCCAACUGAAAAGUUUACAGGAUGGAUCAAGGAAUCAUCGGAACCUACAGCUGAAGAAGCCGAAGAGACAGCGGCACCUGCUGCGGCAAUCCCCAGUAGCGCAUUCCCUUCCCUCGCGGAUACAACGGAUGCCCCAGAAGUUCCACUGUCCCAUGGGAAGUCCUUCAGUUCCACAACAACAUCUGGUCUUUCUUCGACGAGACGGCCGAGAUUUUUCAAUUCCAAUGCUAGCAAAAUUCGUCAGAAGCUUGAAGAAGACCGAAGUACCGCCCCUGACAAGAAGUAG